CAUGCAUCGACAAAUUCCAAUCAACUAGAAAAUAAAUUAUUUUAUUUACAUAACACUUUUCUGUGAAUAUUACCGUUUCGGUAUGCCAAAAUUGAAGUGCACAUCGGGUAGCGAUCAAUCCAACGAUGAACCCAUCGCCAAGGUACCACGACGUCAGCUCAAAGUACGCCAUCGCGUGGACAACUCAAAUCCACCGCUCAAUCUUUGCGAUCUGCCAAUCGAGUUGCUCGAGAAGAUCAUCGGCUAUAUAAAUAUUUGGCAUCACAAUCGUAUACGCGGCACUUCGAAGCGACUGCGUGACGCCAACGAUGCCUUCGUAAUGCACGAAUUCAAGAAGGCAUUGCAUAAAUCCAAGCUCACCAAUGCGAGUAGUUACGAGUGCGCAGCCUUACAAACGAUCGAACAAGCGACAGAGGUCUAUGUGAAGUCGGGUUAUGAGUCCACUUUCUGUGGUUGCAUCUUGCCUAUGCUACGCAGCUCAUACAAGGAUCCCUUCUGCCCGCAAGUGUUGCAGAUCAACACUUUUCUAUUGCAUUUUUAUGACAUGGUCGAUGAAUUGAUUGGAGAUCGACGUUCGCAGCAUGCGAGGUUGCUGCACAAUUUGACGUUAAUGCGGUUUUUUAAGAAAUUCGACAAGUCCACCAUAAUCUCUUCCGCCGCAAUGCCAUUGCACAGCCGCAUCGUCGUGGAGUUGAGAGGCCCCUGGCUGGGCAUGCUAUGGACAUCGAAAAGUCGAUCCCGUGAUCAACCAGAAAAGCGCUGCAACUUGCUCCUCAUACUCUCCGAAAUGUUAAUGGCCAAUAUUACAGGAAAAGCUUUCAAACGCGUUUGGGAGUGCCUCAGCGAGAUCUAUGUAUACGGCAACGAUAUAAGCAAUACCAAGCGUGUGCCGAAAACACUCUUCACAUUCACCAUGCAUGGUUCGAAGAAAAUUUGUUCACUAUUUCGUUCUUGUCUUGAGGUUGACGCUAAUGACUUUGUAUGGCCAACGAAAUGGCCACGCGACCAAUUCAGCGUCAAUUUGGAUAUCACUUGCAAGGAAGCAAUGAAAUGGGGCUGCUCCAAGUCGCAGCACAUGGAGUUUGGGCCGUUCGCAGAGCAGCUAUUCAGCGAAGAAGAAGAAUAUAUGGAUGGCUGCAGUUCGAGUCGAACGUUAUUGGAUGUGGAGUGAAUGAAGUUUUCUCUGGUUUGUUUUCUUCUUUCCUGUACUUCUGCUAAGGGAUGUGGCACCAAAACCCUUAAAUAAAUUACUAACAAAGAUAAAAUAAGUAUAAAUUUAAAGUUUUCGAAUUUUAUUCUACAAAUUGUUUAACAAUCUGGCUGUGGGUAUGCAUACAUAGUAUAUAAUGUAAGUAUGUGGCUUCAAUUAAAGGGUAUUUUGCAAGCUAAACCUACAAAUAA